AUGAGAGUCACCCUCAACGAUGGCCGCCAGAUGACCGGACAGAUGCUGGCUUUUGACAAGCACAUGAACCUCGUGCUCGCCGACACCGAAGAAUUCCGACGCGUCAAGAUCAAGCAGAAUAAGCCUGCUGCCCCCGGAAGCUCUGGCUCGAGCCAGACCAUCGAGAAGGAAGAAAAGCGCACGCUCGGUCUGACUAUCGUUCGUGGCGCCCACAUCGUGUCGCUGUCUGUCGAGUCGGAGCCUCCCGCAGACCCCAGCGCGAGACUCGGCAAGAGCGCGCCGGGAGGAAUCUCGUCGACUCUUGCUGCCGGUCCUGGUGUCGCAAGACCCGCCGGCAGAGGCGCUGCCCCUGUGCCUCCCUCUUUGGCCGGCCCUGCUGCCGGCGUUGGAGGCGGCGCUCCCCCCGGAUUCCCUGGUUUCCCUGGUGCCCCGCCCUUUGGUGGACGUGGAGGUCUCUUCGAGGGCGACGUCGACCUCGACUUCGCCGUCGCGAUCAACGAAGACUUUCCCAUCAAGGACUUCGCCCUCAGCAAGAUGGUCCACCAGACGGACCAAAUGGCGGGCCCGGAUAUGCUAAAGUUCUACAAGUCCGACGAGUACCGCAAGGAACUGAAGGGACAAGUCGCCAACGUCCGCAAGCAGCUCGACGCGGGCCUCUGCGACAAGAUCUUCGAGAAGUACCGGCCGCUCGAGCACGAGAAGGACGGCCAGUUCCGCGUCAUCCUCGUCGGCGCCCUGAUGAUGCGCGCUGGGGCCAAGAUCAAGCAGGACGACCUGGACCACCUGAAGGAGCUCGCCGAUGGCAUGGAGGGUGAGCACGGAUUCAGUUACGGCAGGGCUUUCGAUAUCCUUCAUCAGGAUGAGAAGAGCCCGCUUCGUUAUCCCGGGAAGGUGCAGUUCCUCACUGCGCUGGAGAACUACAAGGCCGGAGUCCCGCGAGACUUUGGCGAGCCGAGCUGCUUCAACUGCGGUAAGAUCGAGGCUGAUCUUGGAGCGGUGCCCAAGAAGUGUGGAAAGUGUGGAGUGGCCUGGUUUUGCAAUGUCGAUUGCCAGAAGGAGGCUUGGAAGAACCACAAGCUGGUGUGCAAGACAAGGAGUGAGAAAAAUGGAAUGAUCAAUGUCUAA